CCACUCUCAUCCAGCUACGACGCCGGCGACAGCUGCAGUCCGCCGGCAACUUCGUUGCUGCGAGCAUGGAGGCUCCAGACGGCGCCAGGAGCAUAGGAAAAGGUACGCAGACAUCGUGCAGUGCCACUGACAAGCACGUACCCUGGUGGCGCCAGAGGGAUGCCCUGGUCCUCGCGGCCUGCCUUACCACCCUGGCGAUAGUCAUUCUCAUCGUCAUCAUCACGCUCACCACUGCCCAGGCAUCUGACGCCGCUAGCCAGCACAACCACACAGAAAAUUCAACGGAGGUAUCUGUCGAUGCAGAGUUUAUUCUGCCGGAUGGGCGACCAAUUAUACGCAGGUCGGAGUGGAGUUCCGUGCCGCCAGAUUUUCGGAGAACGCUGAGACACCCCACGCCGUAUGUGAUCAUCGGGCACACCGCGGAUAAGGUUUGUAGGGGCAAAGACGAGUGCUUCGUCCUGUUGCGCAUCUACCGCGAUGAACACCGUGCAAAGUGGUUGCAGCCGGACAUCUCGUACAACUUUCUCAUAGACGUGGAGGGCAACGUCUAUGAGGGCCGUGGCUGGGACUCCACCAAUAACUACCAAUCCUGGGCGAAGCGUUGCAACCUUGGUGUGACUCUGAUGGGUGACUUUAGGACGGACAACGUCACGACAACGAUGAUGCAGACGCUACUACAGCUGCUGGACCUGGGACUGAGCUUGGGCAAACUGGACCCGAACUACCGGUUGGUGGCGCAAAGCCAGGUGCACGCUUCACUUAGCCCCGGAAAUAACGUACUAAAAGUCAUCGAUACGUGGCCACAUCGGUGUCUUUAUGAUUGCAACGUGGGUGUCCAGUGUAUCUACGAAGAUAACGACGAAAUUGACGCGUAAACUUUCAGCAGAUCUGGAGCGCAUCGUUCUUAAACGAUAUUGUUAACCCUUUAGUUUUUUAGGCACUAGGCCAUACGACGAACCAACGUCAGGCUGACUUCGCUACAAGAACCGUCAUAUGACGGACCAGUGGAAGUUGCCCUCACUGCAAGUGAAACAAAUAUUUUAGGCUAUUCAGUGUUUAUGAAGAGGCACUUAUUAAAUGUAACCCAGCCUGUCAAAGUCUCAGUUUUUUCCUUCUUUUAAAACUUCAUUUUCUGACGAUCUAUUUUUUGGUCAUAUUUAUAUUAAAGUAUCUUCUUGUGUUUCUAAACUGUCGAUUAAUAGUGAAAUGAAAUAGUAUGACCUUAACAGAACGAAAUUUACUAACACGUACACGCAUUUGUCAAUCAAAAUUAAUAUUAUAUUGCAUAUUAAAAGUAAUAAUAAGUACCAGUAAUCUGCAGGUUAAAACCUAACACUCAACAUAUAUAGGUACUUCUUUCGUAGCCAAUACCGGUCUGAAUUGCGGAUCCAAAAAAAAAAAAGGAUGGGAAAUAUGUAAUUUGUUUCGUCGCGUCUAGUCUCGUGCCUGUUGUCUGUUACAUUUCCGUUCUACAGCGGAGCUCGCUCGGGUGGACGAUUCCGAACCACAUAUGACGUCACACUGGACGUCUGUCGCUGUCGUUGAACGGUUAAAUAUUAAAUAACAUACUGAUGUAACGUCUCGAAGGUAGGGUUCCUAGUAGUGUAAAAUUUUGUAAAAGGUGCCAUGGUCACUGUUAAUUGUGGAAUUUGUCGUCUGAACAACUCACUAUUGAAAUUUCUGUCGUGUGACCAUUAUCAAGUGGAAAUAAUAGUGCUUUAGCACAUGUCAGACCCUAAAAAAUCAUCCUAGUGGCUUUGCGCUCGACUAAUAUAGAUUCUUUGUUACAGUUGAAUAACAAAUAGAACAAUAAGACGACAUGCACGUAUGUCGCACGAUUUUUAGUUAGCGACCUGGCCUCAAACACAAUUACUUCCAUUUGUUAAAUUUCAAUAGCUAGUUGUUCAGAUAAAUAAUUACACAGUCAAAGGGAUCAUUAUGUCCUUUGCAAAACACGGAUUUAAAUUCUGACUACCCAUGCUACUAAUGGAUUGAAUCUCUAAUAUUUUAUCUGUGAUAUUUAUAUAAAACAGUGAAAUCAGUCAUCGUUAAAUAAACGGACACAAAAUAAUACGACAACGUGAUCAGUUUCGCAACACAGGGCGUUUCCGUGAUGAUGGAACAAAUUUUCAGAAACGAAGAAGAAAGGCAGGUAUACAAAACUGAAACACUGGACCGAAAUCGACCGAGCUGAAAAUGGGAAAAUUUAACGUUUAUUGUUCUUCUGCUGUUUCUGACGAAAAAAUCCACGUAGAAACAUUUCCACACUACAUUUGUUUCUAAAAUUUAUACAAAAUGCGAAAUUCGCAGUUAUUCGAAGUGGCACCUCGCAACUUUUACGCAGUCAACUUUUAUGCAUACAUAGCUCUUUCGUUUCAACUGAGCAUCUUCGUGUUGUACUGUAUUGAAUGGGACUGGGGAUCUAGAAACAACGGAGAGGCUUCGUCACCACCGUAGCCUCAGUGGUACACGACCCCACAACAGGCUACGGCAGUCCACUCAUCCCUCUGCCGCCCCACACCGAACCUAGGGUUAUUGAGCGGUUCG